UUAGWAUGGCCACAACGAAAUUGUGUACAUGCAAAAUGGACAACUGCGUUGUUUUGUGUACAUGUCGGUCAUAGUUAUGUUGCCGCCCUCUCACAAACGUUCAUGUAGUAGGAUUAUCAACGCCAUUUUCAGUUCACUGUCGUGCUGCUGCAGUCUGUCGCGAGCAUUGUGUWCAACACAUCACAAUUCACGGGAUAAAAUUGCUGUCACAAUUCAUACAGUGAACUGCUAAAAAAUUAAAGUAGUGAAAUAUCGCUCAUCACUAGUUAUUUGCGGUUCGAGAUUUUGACUCUGUUAAUUGUCGCGCAAAAGCAAAUUGUUUUUCAAAGUGGUACUAUUACGCCCGUUACAUAAAAAUUUAGUAUAUUCUCUAUAUAAAACCAAAUUGAACUAUGAUUCCUGUAUGGCAAGUGAUGGUUGGUGCUUUUGUAGGCCUGUUUGCCUUGUUACUUGUGCGUCCACCUCAGGUUGGCUAUCAUCAAGAAAGACGCCGAAAAAGUACAAACAGUGAAGAUGGAUAUACACCAAGAUUUAAUUCAUCUCCCGGAGAUGCUUGUGCCAUUUGUCUUAAGAAAUUGGAGAAUGAAAAUAUGACAUAUCUGCGAUGCGGCCACGCUUUGCACGAAAAUUGCUUCAAACAAUGCAAGCUGUAUACAGAAAAUUGUCCACUUUGUUGCAAACCCAUGUGAGAGAUUUUGAAUGUUAUACAUUUUUCUUUUCGUACCCCAUCAUACAAUUUCCAUUUGCGAAAUAUAUUGAUUUGAGAUUGGA